GCUGCCAAGAACAGGUCUGCAAAGCGUAUAUCAUCCAUCAUGUCUGGACGUGGUAAGGGAGGCAAGGCCCGCUCCAAGGGAAAGAGCCGAUCAUCCCGUGCAGGGCUUCAGUUCCCUGUCGGCCGUGUGCACCGUUUCCUGCGCAAGGGCAACUAUGCCAACCGCGUCGGUGCCGGCGCCCCAGUCUACCUGGCCGCCGUGCUGGAGUACCUGACCGCUGAGAUCCUCGAGUUGGCCGGCAACGCUGCCCGUGACAACAAGAAGACCAGGAUCAUCCCCCGUCACCUUCAGCUGGCCGUCCGCAACGACGAGGAGCUGAACAGGCUGCUGGGCGGUGUGACCAUCGCUCAGGGAGGUGUGCUGCCCAACAUCCACGCCGUGCUCCUGCCCAAGAAGACCGCCGCUAAGAAGUAAAGAGACAACAACUCUCCCCAAAGAACCCCGGCCCUUUUAAGGGCCAACAAAUCCUCCCCAAAGAACUUAUCUUAAACACAUUUCACAGAUCAGGAAUU